AUGGCUAGUAGUAACGCAAAUUUAUUAACAGUUAAGGGAGAAAGUGACUAUGGAAAAUUAAACUCCUUUUUCGCUGAUAAUUCUUACUUUGAAAAUUAUAUGUUAAGUGCAAAUGAUAUAAAAAUUUACUGUCAAAUAAAAUGUGUAAUUAAUAAAGAUACUUAUCCUCAUUUAUAUCGUUGGUAUAGCCAUAUUAGUUCAUUACCUAAAAAUGUUUUAGAUAAAUAUAUGGAUAAUAAAAAUUGUAAAAAAAAUUGUCAAAAAAAACCUGCCAAUGAUGAUGAUGAUAAUGAUAUAGAUCUUUUUGGGGACACCAAUAAUGAUGAUAAAAGUAUUUUAGAAAAGAAAAAACAAGAAAAAGAAGAAGCUUUGAAAAAAAAGAAACAAAAAGAAAAGGAAAAAAAUAGAUCUAUAUUAAUCAUCGAAAUUAAACCAAAAUCUAUUGAUACAGAUAUAUCUAAAAUUCCAAAACUCGUAAAAGAAAAAAUUGUUGAUGAAAAUAUUAAAUGGGGAGAAGAAGUCAAGAAAUUACCAGUUGCUUUUGGAUUAUAUAAAUUGCAUAUGUCUUGUAUUAUAUAUGAUGAUUUUGUUAAUACAAAUGAAUUGAUUGAAAAAAUUGAAAAUAUAGAUUUAGAUAGUGAAGAAGAUAAGAAAAAGAGAACAUUAAUUUUAGGAAUUGAUGAUGAGGAAUAUGAUGAAGAUAGCCCAGAAGUUGAAGAUGACUUAGACUUUUUAAUCCAAUCAGCUGAAAUUAUUACCUUUAAUAAGUUAUAA